AGUUUCAAAUCAUUAUUCAAUGCAUAAUAAAGUGAUGGGAAUAAAAGAUUCAGUUCGUCGAAACAUUUACGAGAACAAGUUGCUCGGAAAUACUCAAAACUAAUCUUAUUUAAAAAGUAAAUUCAAAUUUUCAAAAUGGUCGUACGUGACGUAAUUUUCUUAAUACUGUGGUGUGUCUCAGUGCAAAAUGUAAUCGGAGAUACAGUAGAUUUUUCUAAAAUGGGAAUAACGCGACUGAGAAGACCUUUUCUGAAUAGUUCAAGCAUAACACAUCUCGAUUUAUCGGACAACCAUAUUUGGAAUAUUGAAAAUAGAAUUUUUGAUGACGUGCCAAAUUUGGUUCACUUGAAUUUAACAAAUAAUAUAUUUCCUUUCUCAGAUUUGAGUUUUGAUAAUAAUUCAGCUCUUGAAAUUUUAGUUUUGGACAAGGCAAUUGUCUUUCACUCGGAUUAUUUUGAUCCCAAUGAUUACAUCGGAAAUUUUGAGUCACUUGAAGACGAGUGUAAUAGACUGAUUGCAUACGAAAAUAUAGAUAAUGAUUCACCGUCUCAACUUAUAUUUACAAAAUCGUUAUCAUUACCGAAGUUGAAACACCUUUACUUGCGUAAAAAUGGCAUAUCGUCAGUAGUUAUAAAUAGAACGGAUUCACUGGAUCGGCUCAUGCCAGAAAUUACUCAUAUAUAUCUUACAAAUAAUAAGAUAGAAUCUAUUGACUUUAUAAAAGAUAUUCCUAUGACUUUAACGCAUUUAUACUUGGACUAUAAUGACUUGAAGGAAUUCGACAUUGAUAAUUUGAAUAUUCUGGAAGUUCUAGCCCUCGAUGGAAAUCCGAUCGAUGAGUUUUGUGGCAUAGAAAAUUCCUGCGUGGGACUUUAUAUUAAAUAUUCUUUCAGUUUGAAAAUUUUGACUCUCUCACAUAUGAAUCUCAAAAAAAUAGCAGCAGAUGCGUUUAGAUUUCUGGGCUAUCUCGUCGAGUUAGAUAUGUCUCAUAAUAAAAUUCGAUAUUUUCCUGCACACGCUUUUGAAACUCUAUUUGAAUUAAAGACAUUCCGACUAGAUAAUAAUGAACUUUCAGAACUACCCGAUAUCUGCAGCUUACAAAAUUUAGAAAAUCUUUCAAUAUCAAAUAAUUACAUUAGUAGUGUAAGCUCAUCGAACUUUUGUAAUCUGUCGAAGCUUAAAAGAUUAAAUUUGAGUGGUAACAGUUUAGACGAAAUUCCUGCUGGAGUAUUUGACAAUCUGACUUCACUAGAAGAACUGGAUCUUUCUAAAAAUCUAAUCGUUACUUUGCCAGAUAAUUGGAUUUCAUCUAAAAUAAAUUUACAAUAUUUGUAUCUCAAUAAUAAUUUAUUUCCAAAUUCUUCAAGUUUAUCACUGACCUCUGCAAAAAAUCUUAAAUUCGUCGCUAUUGGGGGUAAUUAUUUUAACUCAAUAAAUAGGGAAUCUUUAAUCGACCUACCGAAGAAUGCAACAAUCAGUUUUGAAAAUAAUAAAAUCAAUGUUGAGUCCAAUGAUGAAUUUUAUACUCUCAUUGUUCAUUUUUCUAUGCGGGAUAAACUAGAUAGAGCUUUGAUUGAUCAUGCGGCUGAUUAUCGUUACGAAAAGUUUGAUUUAAUUUUUUUGACAGGUAUACUUAAAAUGUUGCGUAAUAUUUUGAUGCUAAACAUAAUUUGGUGUGUAUCAGUACAUUGUGUAAUAGAACGUCUUUGCAAUGAAAAUCACUUGUUUGGUGGAAAUAUAUUGGACUUGUCAAAAAUGGGAAUAAUGCUGCUGAAAAAUAAUUUUGUGAAUAGUUCUACAAUAACUCAUAUUGACUUGUCGGAUAAUAUUUGGAAAAUAGAAGAUGGUGCAUUUGAUAGUUUACCAAAUUUGAAAUACUUGAAUUUAUCGCAAAAUUUAUUUGAAUUUUUAAACAUAAAGUCCGUUAAUUUGUCGGCUGUUGAAACAUUAGUUUUAGAUGAUACAAUAAAUGAAAAUAAAUGUGACGAUUUGCAUGAUCGAUAUGGAAAUCUGAAAAUUCCUCUUUGUAGAUUUAGGUACGUUCGAUGGUAUGUAAUUUCGUUCGUUUCAAUUAAGUUACCAAAAUUGAAGAAACUGUAUCUACGUCAAAAUGAAAUAAGAGCAAUAUAUACUCACAAUAAUAGAUAUACUCACAAUAUUACAUCAUUGAGUCACUUUAUGCCAAGACUUACUCAUCUCUAUGUCGGUCAAAAUUAUCUAACACAUGUGAAUUUCUUACAAAACUUUCCUCCGACUCUUACUCAUUUAUAUUUAGAAAAUAAUCAUAUAUCAGAGUUUAAAAUCGACAGUUUUCCAAAUAGUUUGAAAGUUCUAUCACUUGAUGGUAAUGAAAUCCGAAGGUUGUGUAGCUCUUUACAACAUUGCACAGGGGUGUCAUUGCAAUCAUUUGGACAAUUGCAGAAUUUGUCAAUUUCAAACGGAACUCUUGAAAUAAUUGAAUCAAAUUCAUUAAAAUAUUCAUCAACUUUGAUUUCUUUAGAUCUGUCCAAUAAUCGUAUUAGAGAAAUCGCCAACAUUACGUUUCGUAAUUUAAUGAAUUUGAAGACACUUAAGCUAGAUAACAAUCAACUGAAGACUAUUCCUAAUAUUUGUGACCUGGUGAGCUUGGAGUAUUUCUCUAUAACAAACAAUAGUUUAAAAUCUGUGGACUUAUCAAAUUUAUGCAGUCUGUCAAAACUGAAAAAGUUAAAUCUCAGUAAUAAUGCUUUAGAGGAAAUUAUUCCUGGAGCAUUUGAUAAGUUGGAUUCAUUAGAAGAAUUAGAUCUCUCUAAUAAUAAACUUGUAAAUUUAGCCACCAACUGGAUUUCAUCAAAAGUAAAUUUACAAUAUUCGAAUUUACACAAUAAUUUGUCCGUGGAAUUUUCAAGUUCAUCAUUAACCGGAAUCCAGAGUCUCCCGUACGUAAACAUCAGCGGGAAUCCUCUACAAGUGAUAAACAUAAAGACAUUAAAGGUUUUAACUGAAAAUACUACCGUUGAAUUUGGGACUGUACGUCCUCUAAAAAUCAAUUAGCAAAAUUCACUAGCAAAUAGUGAAUAUUUACUGAUUUAGAGUUAUAGUUGUGCCACUUUUUGGAAUAAGUAGUACGACUUCCACUCUAAAUUAGUGAAUAUUCACCAAUUUUCACUAAUUCAGUUUCAGAGAGUCUCAAGUUUUUGAACUAUGAUCAAUGUCGAAAUUUUUCAAACCGUUUUCGUUUAAAAUAUCUGUAAUUUUUUAUAUUGUACUAAAACUUUAUCACUGCUACUACUAAAGGUUACUGUGUAAUAAAAUUCCAAUAAAUAUUUUAUUUGCUUUUGUAA